CCGAGAGGAAGUGGAGAGCAUAAUCCAGUACGAGAGCUCGCGGUUUCAACGAGCUCUGCUCUCGAUUCCUUCUUCGUCCCAUCUCUCUCUCCUUCCCUUAUAUAUAAUCUCCAUCUUCUCCUCUCCAUCAUUCACUCUCUCUUUCUCUUGAUCUUCAUGGAUUUGAAGCUUCCUUUUUCUGGAGAGGUUGGAGCUGUCUCCUUCCUCGAUGCCCAAAAGAGCCCCUUCCGCCAGCUCAGAGUGGGAUUUUGCACAAUGCAGAAGAAGGUGACAAGUUCAUCUAGGAAAGUUUUUUGCUCAUUGCAGCAGCCUCCUGCCCCAGCUUGGCCAGGCCGAGCUGUUCCAGACCCGGGGCGCAAAUCAUGGGAUGGCCCCAAGCCAAUAUCUAUUGUUGGAUCCACUGGUUCAAUUGGUACUCAGACAUUGGACAUAGUGGCUGAGAAUCCAGAAAAGUUCAAAGUGGUUGCACUUGCAGCUGGUUCAAAUGUGACUCUUUUGGCUGAUCAGGUGAAAACAUUUAAACCUCAACUGGUUUCAGUUAAAAAUGCCUCUUUAGUUGCUGAGCUUAAAGAAGCUUUGGCUGAUUCUGAUCACAAGCCAGAAAUUAUUCCUGGUGAGGAAGGCAUUGUGGAGGUUGCUCGCCACCCGGAUGCUGUCUCAGUAGUUACAGGAAUAGUGGGUUGUGCAGGCUUGAAGCCUACUGUUGCUGCCAUUGAGGCUGGAAAAGACAUAGCUCUUGCAAACAAAGAGACCCUCAUAGCCGGAGGACCAUUUGUGCUACCACUUGCACACAAGCACAAUGUGAAGAUACUUCCUGCAGAUUCGGAACAUUCUGCAAUCUUCCAGUGUAUCCAGGGCUUGCCGGAGGGGGCACUUCGACGUAUCAUUUUGACUGCAUCUGGUGGUGCUUUCAGGGACUGGCCAGUUGAAAAGUUGAAGGAAGUGAAAGUUGCUGAUGCUUUAAAACAUCCAAACUGGAGCAUGGGAAAGAAGAUCACUGUUGACUCUGCCACUCUUUUCAACAAGGGUCUAGAAGUUAUUGAAGCACAUUAUUUGUUUGGUGCCGAUUACGACCAUAUAGAGAUUGUCAUACACCCACAGUCCAUCAUACACUCAAUGAUUGAGACACAGGAUUCAUCUGUUCUAGCUCAGCUAGGACUGCCUGAUAUGCGUCUGCCAAUCCUCUACACAUUAUCAUGGCCGGACAGAAUUUACUGCUCUGAGGUCACUUGGCCCCGUCUUGACCUUUGCAAGAUUGGUUCUCUAACAUUCAAAGCUCCUGAUAAUGCGAAAUACCCAUCCAUGGAUCUUGCCUACGCCGCCGGUCGGGCCGGAGGCACCAUGACUGGAGUCCUCAGUGCUGCUAAUGAGAAAGCUGUGGAGAUGUUUCUCGAUGAAAAGAUUAGUUAUCUGGACAUUUUCAAGGUUGUGGAGGUCACCUGUGAAGCACAUAUGAAGGAACUGGUGAUCAGUCCUUCACUUGAAGAGAUAAUUCAUUAUGAUUUAUGGGCCAGGGAUUAUGCAGCCACCUUGCAAAAAUUAGCUGGUUUGAGUCCUCUCCCUGCUUAAUUAAACCCUGUGCUUGAGAAAAUGUCCAUCAAUGAUCAAUUACCAUUCAGCCUAGUUCACAAACUUUGUAUGUGAAGCACCCUAGUGUGCUUGCAGAGUG